CGCCUUUUUAUCAGUGGAAAGACACAAGAAACACAAUUAAUUAAAACGUCGCAGUGGCUGCCAUGCAUGCUUCUUUCCUGUGAAACAACAACACAAGCGUUUAGUGCAAAUUAGCAAAAAUAGUAAAAUAAAAAACGCAGUUAAGUGCAGAAAUUAGCAAUAAUUGAGCAAAAAAUUGCGCUGUGCACCAGUGAAAAGUUCAGUUGUCGUCGACGUUUCGCCUUGUUUCUCAUCGUCGCCGUCGCCACCGUCGUCGUCGUUGUUGUUGUUGUUGUUGCUGUAAUCGCGCGCUCAUUCAUCGAGCUGCUGCUACAAAAACCGCGGCCGCGCCCGCCGCCGCCGCUGCUGCUGACAGCGGCAACAAAAAUAAGAAAAAAAAUACACCACAAAAUUCUAGCCAAAAUAAUAUAGUGAAUACGUUGCAUCUUCUUCUUCGUCGUCGUCGCCGUCGUGUUGUUGCUGCACUCAUUGCAUUUUGCAUACAAGACAAACAAAAACCACACACACACACACAGGCACAAUGAGCAACGAUGUGCAGCAGGAGCAAGAGCUGGGCGCUGAGGUGGUAACAAGCGCCAGCAACUCCAUCGACGAUGCCCACGAGAGUAUGCGCAGCAAAUUUGAGAAUCUAUGCCGUGAUCUCAACAUGGAUCGCCAGACCGAGGACGAGGCCUUCAAAAUGCUCAACGAAGUGCUGCAGCACUAUUCGCUGGAGGGCGAGAUCUUGCAUUGGUUCUGCUGCGCUCUCUUUGCGGCUUGCCGUCAGUCGACCACGCCCACUGUGGGCGGCCAGGACGCCGUGGUCAUGGGCAACUGUGUGCCAUUGAACAACCUGCUGCGCAGCUGCCAAAUGAGCAUCUAUGAGUUCAAGAACAAGAUCAAACUGUGGUGCGACAUGGCGAAUCUGCCGCAGGAUUUCAUACAGCAAAUCAAGGAGCUGGAGCGCAAAUUUAGCAUCACAUUCACCCUCUACAAGAAGUACAGAGUCAUCUACGAGCAGGUCUUUCACUGUCCGCCCAACGAGAAGAAGCACUCAAAGUACAGCUUGAAGUGCUCAUAUAUUAAGCUGGAUGACAUUUGUUGGCGUCUGUUUCUGUGCGCCAAGAAUCAGAAGCCAACAACGACGCUCGAUUUGGUCACAUCAUACAAUCUGAUGAUGUGCUGCAUUGAUCUCAUCUUUGCCAAUGUGCUGGCCGAGAAACGCACCGAUCUCAUCAAUCCCAAGUUUGAGGGGCUGCCACCCAACUGGAAUUCACCUGAUUUUGACGAAUCCCAGGCACGCCAGCACUGCAUACUCAAGUACUUCUGCGAGAUGACCGACGAGGCCAAGGCCAUGAAGGCCACCGUCUUCAGCAAGAUAAUGCACAGCUUCUUCCAGACCAACACUGUGUUUGGCAAGAAGGACACGCUGCUGGGUUUGGUGGCCAAUGAGAACUUUGAGCGCAAUCUCAAAUCGCUGAACUUUAGCUACGAGCAAUAUGUGCUAAGUGUUGGCGAAUUCGAUGAGCGCAUUUUGGCCGCCUAUCCCUUGGAGGCGGGCGAGCAUAGUAAUCUAAAUGAGCAGGCAUUGCGUCCGCCCGUUACGCCAUUGACACGCAAACAGGACUUGCCCGCCCAGCCGGUGAUGUUGGAGCAGAAAUUCGAGCCGGUCGCCAAUGCGACCAACAAUGUGAAAAAGCUGAGCGCCAUCAGUCGCAUCACUGAACCGACUGACUUUGUCAAAAAAGCUGGCGAGGAGGCCAUCAGCAAGAUGCUGCACAUUGUCGAACAAAAGGAGCAAGCUUUUUUGGCCGCAUAUCCGAUGCGCAGCGAGGCCGAGAAUCGCUUUCGUUUGGCCAAAUCGAUGUACUUCUAUCUGAUGGAUCACAUAUUGCGUGCCGAGAUCAAACAGAAGCCAGAGAUUAUGCACAAGAUCUCAUUGGACAUCUUCAAUGUGACAUUGCUGGCGUGCUGCGUCGAACUGGUGCUCGAGGCCUACAACACCGAGGAGCUGAAGUUUCCCUGGAUUCUGAACUGUUUCAGUAUUAACGCCUUUCAAUUUACCAAAAUCAUUGAGAUUGUGGUGCGCCAUGGCAGCCACGAGGGCUGGCUAACGCGCAGCCUGGUCAAGCAUCUCAAUUCGAUUGAGGAGACCUGCCUCGAGCGUUUGGCGUGGCAACGUCCCUCGCCCGCCUGGGAGAUCUUUGGCAAUCCGGCGACACCGCUGCCCACCUGCAACGAGGUGAACAGGGACAAGGCGGCGGGACCAUUGCAGAUCUUUUUGCGCAAGGUCUAUCUGCUGGGCUGGCUGCGCAUCUCGAAGCUCUGUCAUGAGCUCAACCUGACCGAGAGGAAGCCCGACAAGAUCUGGACCAUAUUCGAGCAUUCGAUCACCCACAAGACUCACCUAAUGCAGGAUCGCCAUCUCGACCAACUCAUCAUGUGUGCAAUAUAUAUUUAUAUUAGAGUUACGAAAAUGCUGGAGCCCAAAUUCAGUGACAUUAUGCGCGCCUAUCGCAAUCAGCCGCAGGCGGUCAAUAGUGUCUAUCGUGAGGUGCUGAUCCGGACCAGCGAGGGCGGCGAGCCCGAAUGGAAGGAUAUUAUACAUUUUUACAAUUAUACUUAUGUGCCCGAGAUGACCAAGUUCUGCAUCAAAUAUCUGGACGAGAAAGCGGACAAUGUGAAUCUGCUGCUGUCGCCGCAUCCGAUUGAGCGCACCGUGCUGCCGAAGAAGGUGACCAACAAUCAUUCGCUCUUCGUCACAAAUAUGCCCAAGAGCGAGAAGCAACAUUCGCCCGACGAGAUGGUCUACAUCAUCAACUGUAGUCCAGCCAAGCAAUUGGAGACUAUGAACAAAAUAGCAGCUACAGGCAAGCGCAUGCUGUGCUUUGGCGACGAUACCCAUUUGAGUGUUGCUGAGCCCAAGCGAGCCUUGCGCGAUCUCCAGUCACAACGCUGAAUGCCAUAACAGCAACAGCACAACAGCAACGCAGCAGCAAAAACAAUAACAACAACAACAAAACUAGACAAAAUACAUUACAUACAAAUUAGUCCAGAAGAAAGAAAAAAGGAUGAAGUAGGCGAAGUGGAUCGGAUCGGAUCGGAUCGAAUAGGAGAUGAGCAUGCAAGCAUGGGGCUGAUGGGGGAAAAAGACUCAACGGGGGGAAACGACGAGGGGUGGGCAAAUGAUAUGAUUAGAUAGUGCAAUAAGACCUCGCACCUGUCUGCUGAACAACGUCAGGCGACACCGUGCGGAUGGAUGCGCGGAAAAAAAGGCACACAAAAGCUAACUGUGGCAAAUGCAACGACGAUGACGAUGACGACGACGACGCGACGGCGGCACAUGCAAUCUUAUAUUUUUAUGGACAGCGGCGAGCGCUUACAUUUUACUUAUUGUUUAACUCUCUUUUGUUUUAUUAGUAUCCCUAUUUUUUUUAAUAACUAUACUAUGCCAUUUUAAUUUUACUAGAACUGCAACAACAACUAAUAACCAACAAACAAACAAUAACAAGUAGAUGUCGAUUAACCCUUUUUGGAACGCAAUAUUUUUUUACAAGCAUAUUUUUAAAUUGCAACUCCAUGCGAAAUUGAUUAUAAACAAAGCAUACAUAUUAUCCAUGUGUGUGUCUCGAAACCCCUUACUAAAACCUAGCGUAUAGCAUUGAUUUGAAAACAUUUGUUUGCUCGUGAAGCAAACAACAAACCAAAAAAAAAAAGAACGGAGAAAAAAAUGACAUGUAAAAUACGCGCACAACUUUCACAUGACAACAAAUGCGAUGAAAGUUGAUCCCCAACAAAAUCAACAACAACAACAAAUAUAAACAAAAUCACAAUCAGCUUAGUCGUAAGCCAGCAAUAACAAACAAGCAAACAUAAAAAAAAAAAACAAAACAAAAAACA